AGGGCUUCCCUACAGCUCCGGUAUCAACUGAUACACUACUUGUACACACUUCUAUACCGGUCCUAUGUCUACGGCGAUACUGUGGUCCGACCACUGCAUCAUGAAUGGCCACUGGAUAAUAAUACCCUGGGCAUCGACACCCAGUUCCUAUGGGGUGGCAAUAUAUUGAUAUCGCCUUUCCUUUUCCAGAACCAAAAGGAGGUGAAGGCAUACCUACCCCCGAGUGUGCGCUGGUAUGAAGUGAAACCCCAAUUGAAAAUAGCGCCACAAACAGGUCAGGUGACUAUACCGGACUCCCACCCCAACGGUCCGCCGCCCAUACACAUCAGGGAUCACAGCAUCAUACCGAUGGUCACCGACAGUCAACUCAUAUCCACGUCCCAGGACUCCAUCAAUAUCAUCGACUUAGUAGCCCUUCCCUGUCAUCAUCAGGAGGGCUCCGGUGAACUGUUUUGGGACGACAGGGAGAGUAUCGGCACCAUUGAGGCUAAGAAAUUCAACCUGUACCAUUUCGAAAUGGCCAGUAAUUGUAGCAUGGUGAUCAGCGUUGAGCAAAGUGGCUAUAGUGGUAAGGCACACCCGGAGUUGGGCAAAUUGAUCGUGGUGAACACGGUUAAGUCGGUUAACCCUAUUAAGGCUACCCUGGAUGGUAAGGAGGUGUCGGCCAGCCAGGUGAAUGGCAAUACUGAGAUUAUUCUGGGUAUUACCCUGGGUGAUAAGCAAGGUCAAAAGUAUGUGGUUGAGUGGGCCGAUAGUGUGACUAAAAAAUGUGAUUUGCAGUAA